CACAUAUUUCACAUUGAUCAUGCUGACUUUUACAUGUUCCGAUGUUUCCACUGUGACCGGCAGGGAGAUGGUUAAACCGGCGUUAUGACUGAAUUAGAAGUCUCUGAAGGGGGGGAUGAGCCCCCGCCCUACAUGAUCUUUGUGGUGGUCUUCCUCUUCUUCCUCACCGGACUGUUUGGCUUCCUUGUCUGCCACCUCCUGAAGAAGAAGGGCUACCGCUGCCGCACCGGAGAAUUGGAUGACGAAGAGGGGGAGGAGGAGAAGAUCGGCAUAAAUGCAGACGAAGAUGAUGAGGAGAACCAGGACACUGUGGAGCAGAUCCUCAAAUGCAUUAUUGAAAAUGAAGCUAACAUGGAAGCCUUCAAUGAGAUGUUUGGAAACCAGAAUGUGUGUGUGCGCCACGACCCCAGGCUGCGUAAGGAGUCCCUUGGUGGUGUUCCUCCCCAUCACCACACAGUCCACUCAGGCACCGACCACAACUCCUGCCACCUGUGUGCUCAGGUCCGAUCUAAAAAGGGCCGGCAACAAAGCCGAACCCCCCGUAUUAAACAACGACCUGGAGAGCAGACUGUCUUCUCUGUUGGAAGGUUCAGGGUGAUACACACUGAUAAGAAGCUCCAUGGAGGUCCUAAUCCAUUGGGCAGUUCAGGAGACCAGCUGGACCAAUCCCAGGACAGCGAGGAGCGGAAGGAGGGUGUGUACAAUCUGAGAAGCAUGUUUGACAGCUCCAACGGGGUGGCUCCGAAUGUGGGGAAACGCAAGAAGAGUGUUAGCAUAUUCGGGCUGAGGCGUGGCAGCGACCCCAGCGGCAUUAAAGUCAGAGAGGGGACAGGCAGGGACACUGCAGCUGUAAGACUCGCUAUUCAGCAGCAACCUGUAGUUCUAGAGGAACUUCUGCCGGCAGAGAACAUUGAAGUCGCAUCUGAGCGUGGUACUAAACCUGGUAUCAAACUUGAUGCAGAGAACUUAAAGAAUGAAACGCCUGGUUCACCUCAACAUGAGAAUAAAACUUCAGCUUCUGUUAAUUCUCCCUCUUCCAAAGCUAAGGAUCAGUCCCCUGGCUCCAAGUCUGGUCCAGAGGAUGGCUCUAAACAUGAGCCUAGUCCUCAACCUCAUACGAGCCUGGUGAUCAAGCCUUCCGUUGGGAUUACAUCAGCUUCUGCACCCACUUCUCUUGCCAUUCCAUCUUUUGGACAAGCAUCUACGACCAAGUAUAAGGUGUCAAAAAAUGAAGAUGCAUUUGAUCCUGGGCCUCUACAGACCUCUACUCCAAUUGCCCCCAUGCAUGGAUGCAUUCCGGGUUUAACUCCUGUCCUUCUUACCGUUCGACCUGAACCCUGUUCUAGCACAGGUUUUACAGUUACCAAAACUCCCACGGACCCAAGCUCCAGUGCUGAUCUGGAAUCAGGAUUGAGUGCCAGCCAAGUUUUAAUAAGCUUAGGUUCAUCCUCUCCAUCUUCGUUCCCAAUCAAGACCCCCUCUUCAGACACUUCAUUAAAAACUCAUAUCUCACCCGUGGUCACAGCGAGCCCUAAACUAAGUUUAAGAAAUACUCCACCAGAGGCUGCAAAAACAACUCUUUCCCCUGCCCUCACUCCCAGCCCCAAACUCCCAUCAGGCCGAGCGAUGACUAGCCAAUCACCUGUUCCAUCUUCAUCCUUUGGAAAUAUUGCUAGUCCAUUACAAGUCAGAACUCCCUCACCUGCUAUGAUUGGUAGCCCCAGACUUGACACCGUUCCAGUAUCCCCACAAAACCCUUCUUCUACUCCAGCCGACGGAAACCUGUCCUCCAGAAGUUCACCGGGUCCAAAUUCAAAGUCAGGAAGUCUGACGUCCAUAACAUCGUUGACCAAACAGGAUAUGCUUUCUAUCCCAUUAUCUCCAAAGGAACAAGUGCUGGAAGGAGCCAGAACCCCAACGACUGAAGAAAAGACAGAAUUACAGAGGGUGGGGAUUCUCAAAACAGCUAAACUCUCGCCAGUCGAGGGCGAUUCUCCAGGUUCUGCCCUUUACUCUCCACCUGAUCAGCUUUCUAAAGACAGACUGAGCAGUUUGCCUCUGUCACCUAGCACAACUCUGUCCCCCUCCUCACCUGUAGGGGGCAGAAUAAGUAGUGUGACCGUUGUUAAAGCCAGCCCUGACAGCAGCCGAGAGUUUUCUGUAGAAUCCUCUACCUUAAUAAAAGACCAGAAAGGAGAGACUUCUGAAAUAAGGAUUGAAUCAGAAAGAGCAAUAAUUAGUCUAGCCUUUGGUCAGGGGGGAGAUGUCUUUGUUUCAGGUGUUGUUCAACCUGAAAGUCAAAGUAGAGAGACCCCUGUAGCAGAGGUUAGGCCAAGGGUGGUCCAAGAGAAGGAAGAUAUGGUGGAGAUGGAAGAUAUUAGGGACUGCAAAGUAUCGCAGGAGGAAGAAGCAGAGCGGGGAGAGGACGAGUUGGAGAAGAUAGGGAACAUUUAGUACAAAUGUAACUGACAGAUGUAGGCUCAUCGAUGUGAUUAACAAACUAAAUAGUGGCCCCACACAGUGCACUAUAAAGACGGAAUGUAGGAAUAAGAUAACUGCUUUACUGACUAAUGUAAAAUCAUCAGAUACUCUUCCACUGCUACAUUUAAAGGAUGUGUUAGCCUUUCCACCCCAAACCACUUUUUUUAAUGGGGUUGGAUUGCCACCUGAACAUAAAGGAGUCCUUUGGUCGACUAUGUUAUUUUUAAUGCAAAGUUGCCAUUGUUUGAGAUGUCUUUGUUGACAACUUCACAUCACCCAGGAGAACAUCACCAUAAACCUGUCAUACCAAAAUUGAACUAAGGGCUUUAUGUUUUAAUUAAAUCACAAUGCUAGGUUGGCUGGGUUUGAUAUUGGCUUUCAUUAGAUUGAUAUAAAUGGGUCAUUAAUAUUUUCCUUGACCUCAACUAAAGCGGUACAAUUAGAAUUAGUAAACUGUAAAUAAAUUGAAUCAUGAGUAAUUCUCUAGACUUCACCAGUGAAGCCGUUUGGGAUUUUAAUUAAGAUAUUAUAGACAGUUUGGAGACAGAAAAGAGUACUGAUGUGCUUUAUGGAGCGAUGGACAGAUACCUUAACUUUUGGCUAAAGUACCUGCUAGUUGCCGUUACAUUUGGUUAGCUAUGCAGCUGGCUGUCCUUUAAGCUACAGGAAAAUGUACAGGCUCACGAAAAUCAGUUGAAAGAUUAAUGUAAAUAAUAAUCCAAGUAAUAUUUUCAAGAUAUUUCAAGUCUGGUCAAAGUCAGACUUGUAUGGCCAUUUUUAGAGCCCUGACACAAUAUAGCUAAAAGUCAAUUACUGGGCUUGAUAUAAAUUGUCAUGUUUUACACAUCUUAUGAAAGUGUCAUCUAAUCUAAAACUAAAACAGAAUGCAUUUUGAGGGCAUUGCAGGGUAAGGGUUGCCUGUUAGCAUAAAUGCUAUCUUUUUUUGUAUAUCUUUUUUCAGUUUGCUUUGUGUUCAGUUGGUGUUUUCCUACAUUUGACAACAUGUUAAAUAUGUCUCAGGCUUACACCUUGGCUGGUGGAAAAACGAAUUCAUGCUACAGUAUGGUGUUUAAUUGAUUUGCUAACAUAAUGGCUCCAUUAGAGUCGUUAACAAGAGUAAUUCAUUUUAUUUUUUGAUUGCCAUUAUAUUUAUUAUUUGAUGUACAAACCGUAGCAGUCAUUGAAGUGACCAUAUAGUAAAGUCACUCCAGCAAUAUCACUAUAUUAAUAGUACGUUAUUUUACUAUUGUAAUCAGGCAUUUUCAAUGCUAAAUAUACCACAUUUCCCGUAUACUAGUCACUCAAAUCACAAACUAGUAUUAUGGGACUCUGAGAUGAGUACAUCCAGUGAAGAUUAUUUGUUACAAUGUCAUUGUGUGAUCGGUUUUACAAUUGUUUUACCAUUGAAGCAACAGACUGUGUACUCUUUGCUGAAGAUCUUAUUAUAAAGCAGUGUGGGAGCCCCAUACCUGAAAUAACAGUCUCACGGCAUUUCGUGUUAUAGUCACGACAUUUAAUCUAUUGAUUCGUGUUCACCAUCACGAUUUUCCCCUUUUUUUCGUGUCACAUAGAACGAUUUUAAAAGCAAUGUAUUUCUAUUGGUAGUAUGUUUCGUGCCUGCACCACCUCUUUUUUCUGGCUGAGAGAUGUAGCAAGUUAUACAUUUUUCUGUGUGUAAAAGUAGAUUUCUGACAAUACAGUCAAUCAUUAUCAUGGUGAUUAUUUAGCAGAUAAACCUAUUAACCCCGCCCCCUUAAAAAAAAACAGCUCUUUUGAACGGCUCUCGGAAAGGAACGGAGCCAUAAGAUCCGGCUCCCUUCAAAGAGCCUUAAUUCCCAUCACUAAUACCUGACCAAAAGGUGGCGCCAACUCAAAUGGAUUGGAAUUUCUCACCGCUGAAAAGUUUCCUAGAUUCAGGGUUAACUUCCUGGCAUUGUGACACACUGGGUGCAUCUCACUUCGGUUAAAUGGAAUCCUUGCGUCCCUCACUUGCGUCGUUUCCCUGCGACUAGUCCCUCCCACCAGGGAAGCAUGGAGAGACGCAAGGAAACCAC